CAAGCCCUGUCAUUCAACUCACUCUUCCAGACAACAGCCAUCCCCCCGGGCUGCUAAACGUCCAAGAGCUAUAACCUCUAAUCUGGUCUAUGGAUCCCACCGAAGCCAACCUCUUCCUGCAAGAUAGACUAGAGCACGCCGCAGAGACGCUCAAGUCAGCUUGGGGUUACGGCGACAAAGAAGGACGCCAUGCAUUGAGACGGAUGGUCGGGUGGAUGGCAGGUAUCUGGGAGGAUAUGCAGGAAUUAUGGGACGAUGAGGGAAUGUGGCAAGAAACCUGCGAUAUCGCCUUGCAAGCCGUCGCGGAUAUCCUCCAACUCAACAUCCCUCAUGAUGGGCAUCUUCAUCUCUUGAAGAAUAUCAGGCUCCUGUUGUGUCCCGGGCACGCGUGGUCCGAUGUAAGUCUGUAUGAGCCACCGGUGAAUCUAUAAUAAUAAUCAUAAUCAGUGGCCAGUAGACCCAGAGGUCAGCAUAGUCCCUAAUGCCUGAGUUUACUCCGUCAAUGCUGACCCUCCUUCAUAGGACGAAAGCAGUAGCA